AUGAAUUUCCAGGGAGACACCCCGAAAGAAAUAACUGACACCGCCAUCACAGGGGAAACGAAAGAAGUCGUCCAGCAAGCCGCAAGGGCCCAAGAAACCAUCCAAGUCAAACUCGACAAGAAGGCCGGCGUGGGCAACCUGCACUGCAAGGUCUGCGGGCAGAGGUUCCAAACCGGCAUCAAUUACCUGAGCGCCGCCGUCGACGUGUACUCGGACUGGAUCGACGCAUGCGAGGACGUGGCAAAGGAUGCGGCAUCGAGGGAAGCCGAAGACGAUGCGAAAUUCAGCAGCUAUGCAGCAUCCGGCAAGGCCGGUGCCGACAUCGGUGGUGCUGAGGGAGGUGCCGAUGAAGACGAGGACGUUGACUACGGAGACGAUUGA